AUGGUGGAGCUCGAACAGCUGACCCGGCUGGCCGCCGAGAAGGAGCGUGAGUGGAGACUGUUAGAGCGCGAGCGCGGCUCUCACCUUGAGCAGCAGCUCCAACAAAAGAACCGGCAGCUCGCCGAUCUGCAGCACCAGCUUCAUGAACUGCAACAAGAUUUUCGCUUCAACCUUGAACUUAUUGCCCAACGCGAUCAAGAGCUACUCCGACACGAGCGAGGUCUAGAAGAAGUUCAGGACGCCCUCCGCCUCGUGCAACAAGAGUACGGACAGCUACGAUCCGAGGCCGCUGCCACACAGCAACACCUUGUGGAGGAGCGAGCAGCCCGCGACCGACAAGCCGAGCAACACCGUGCUGCUCUCGAAGAGCUCAAGGUGCUUCGUGAGUCCUAUGUUGAGUUGCGUGCCCAAAACGCCGCACUCACGCAAGAUAAGGUAUUGACUGAGCGACGCCUCGAAGAGGCACAGGAACGAGUCAAGCAUUUAGACAAGACACGGCAAGAUGAGGCCGCAGCCCUAUCGGCUCGCCAAGAAGACUUGGAAAGCCUCGAGCAGCAACUCUUUCAGGCUCGCCUUCAAGCGCGGGACGCCGAGGCCCGCUGCGAACAAGCCCAACAGCAAGCAGAAUGGCAAAGGCAGCAGCUGGAGGCUCGACAUGAUGUGGAAGUGACGAGCCUUACACGCCGCCUGACCAGCAACCAACAGGCAUUGCGCGAGCACGAAGCUCAAAUGCAAGCGACGGCACGCCAACAUCAGCAACAAACGGCAGAUUUGGCUCAACAACUACAAAAGGCGCGUCAUGACGCUGCCACGGCUCAGGCUGCCCUUUUGGAGACUAAGCUCGCGCUGGAAGAUGCACGCACGACCAGCCAACAAGUCUGGAUUCACGCCCAUGACGGCCACAAGGCCGAGCAGGCAGAACUCAAGGCCGAGAACGAUCGCCUCCAAGAGGCCCACCAAGCCGUUGAGCGAGUGGUGAAGCAACAGCGUGAUACCAUCGGGCGGCUUGAAACCGAUAAUUGCGAGCUUGUGGCAGAGGUUCAACGCCUGUGUCGCGAUAUCGAGCAUCUACAGCAGGCCAAUGGAGGCUUGCAAACCGCACUUGCAGCCCUCAACACGACCUGGGAAAUGCGCAUGAAUCACGUCUCGAGCAGCGAAGCCUCGGCUUCGGAACUCACCCGCCAGCUUGUCCAAGCUCAGCUCGCGGAAAAGCAGGCUCAAGAGGACGCAGCCCGCUUACGCCAGGAUCUACAGCGUCACCGUGAUCUCUUGACUCAACUACAGACGGAGCGUGAGCAGCUCAGCACUGAGCUCAAAAUUUAUCGUGACAACUUACAAAACAGUACCACGGACCCCAACGUGACACCCGCGGCGACGGAUAAGGGUCCUGGUCAUGCUCCAACCCAGUUGGUGCAAGCUCUGCAACGCGAGUUGAAUCAGCGCAUCGCCACGCAGGUGCAGCUUGCCGAACGCCUGCGCCUUCUUGAAUCGCCAGUCUCUCCGUCAGCCACCAAGCGCCCAACAAGUGUCAGGCAUGGUGCAGACGUUGCGGCUGCUUCUGGCCCGGGCAACGUUGAUGAGUCGGGUGCGCGUUUGGAAGCGAGCCGAGAACAGAGCCCCCUCGCACAGCGCGUGGCAACGUUACAAGCAGCGCUGGAUGAAUCUCACCGUCAACUGCAAAAUUAUGACAGCACUCAGCAGUCUCUCAGGGCACAGCUGCAGCAGCGAGACGAGAGCCUGCAACGACUCGAAACUGAGCUCGCGGUGUUACAGGACAAACUCCGAGCUACCCAGCAUCAGGUUGAUGAGGCCCUGCAUGACGCUCAAAAGGAACAAGUGGCGGCCGCUGAUUUGGCACAAACUCUCCGAGCUAAGGAGGAGCAGAAUGAUGACUUAUUGCAGAUAUUUAUUCGUCAGGCAGGCAAUUGCAAGUAUCUCGAGUCGACCUUGCACACGCUCGAGGAAGCAGCCAUGGCACAACUGACACCGCCCACGAUGCUUGCGUUCUCUGAACAAGUGCGUCGUGGCAUCGUGGAGUUGAUGCAGCAGCUCAAGUCGGACAUUGCCCAACACAAAACCCGUUUCCAGCACAUCAAACCGCUUGAGGAAGCUGAACGCCAACGAGUGGUAGCCCUGCGGAAGGAGCGGUCUGCGACGCUUGAACGCAUUGCUGAGCUGGAGGCUGCGCUCGCAACCUCGCGGAGGGAGUUGCAUGAAGCACGACUCGAGGCUGCCUCACGAGUUUCGGCACCAGUAGCUUCCUAUUCUGCAGUGGGGCAGACUCAUACGCAGGCUGUGGCCUCUACACACGUGACACCGCAAGCACGUGGCAACCAGGCUCGACGCAACCUGCAAAUUCAAACACAACCACGCCGUUGCGCCGAUCCCAUGACAUGA